GGGCCGAAGUGAUUCAUCCGCCGGUCUUCACAUCGACCGCGCCUGGUGUCCCCGGCGCUCCAGGUCUACAAUGGCAGCGGCCGCCAGCCCCGCGAGGCUUCUGCCGCUCGCGAUUCUUCCGCGUCUGCUAUUCGACUGGUCCGGGACGGGGCGGGCCGACACUCACUCUCUCUGGUAUAACUUCACCAUCAUUCGUUUGCCCAGACAUGGACAACGGUGGUGUGAGGUCCAGAGCCAGGUGGAUCAGAAGAAUUUUCUCUCCUAUGACUGUGGCAGUGACAAGAUCUUAUCUAUGGGUCACCUAGAAGAGCAGCUGGAUGCCAGAGAUGCCUGGGGAAAACAAUUGGAAAUGCUGAGAGAUGUGGGGCAGAGGCUCAGACUGGAACUGGCUGACACUGAGAAGGAGGAUUUCCCACCCAGUGGACCCCUCAUGCUGCAGGCCAGGAUGUCUUGUGAGUGUGAAGCCGAUGGAUGCAUCCGUGGGUCUUGGCAGUUCAGCUUCGAUGAACAGAAGUUCCUCCUCUUUGACUCAAACAACGGAAAGUGGACAGCGGUUCAGGAUGGAGCCAGGCGGCUGAAAGAGAAGUGGGAGAAGGACAGCGGACUGACCAUGUUCUUCAAGAUGGUCUCGAGAGACUGCAAGAGCUGGCUUAGGGACUUCCUGAUGCACAGGAAGAAGAGGCUGGAACCCACAGCACCACCCACAGUGGCCCCAGGCUUAGCUCAACCCAAAGCUAAAGCCACCACCCUCAGUCCCUGGAGCUACCUCAUCAUCCUCUGCUUCAUCCUCCCUGGCAUCUGAGGAGAGUCAUUUAGAGUGACAGGUGGAAGAUGAUAUCAAGAAGCCUCUGUUAGCCUGGUCUGGUUCCUGCUCUCCCUUCAGGGAGGCCGCCUGUCUACUCACCACUGUGCCUUUCUGGAAAGCAGGAGUUCAAGCCUUAGCAAGCCCACAGGCCCCAGCAGGUGAUGAGAACGUUGUAGACUCAACAUCUCAUGCCACUCAUUACCUUUGCUCAUGAUCCCAGUGGCCAUUUUUCUUAACACCUUCUGUCACUUUCUCUUGGUGCUAAUGAAUGGAAUUCCUGAACAAGUUUUUUGUUUGUUUGUUUUGUUUUGUUUUUAUUAAAGAAUACUUAGUGCUAAUGAGGAUAUGGUGAAAUAACUGUCUACUCAAGGACGAAAAUUAAUAUUAACCUUUUGUACAACACUUAUGCAAUAUAUAUCAACAUGUUUACAUCAUUUGAUAUAGUAAUUCCAAUUCUAAGAUUUUUUGUUUGUUUGUUUUUAUUAUUAUACUUUAGGUUUUAAGGUACAUGUGCACAAUGUGCAGGUUUGUUACAUUCCUGCACAAGUUUUAACUGAACAAGAAAUCCCAGCAAAAAGCAUUUUCUUUCUACUUCUUUGAUUGUGGAAAAGCAGACACUUCUCUGAAGCAUGACCUUAUUCUUCCAAACGGUAUGGCUAGUAAAAUAGCAUGCAGGACUUCAGACCUCGGAGAUCCUUUCCAUGCACUGACCAAGAAUUGUAUUAAUCCUUUUUAUUGUUAUAGUUUUUUUACAUUUUCUCAUUCUGUCAACCAUAUUGGAGUGAAGUGGCAUAGUCACCACUCAGUGUAAUCUCCAACUCCUGGGCUCAAGUGAUCCUCUAGACUCAGCCUCUAGAAUAGCUGGGACUACAGGCGCAUGCCACCAUGCCCAGCAAAUUGUUUUAUUUUUAGGUAGAGAUUGGGUCUUCCUAUGUUGCCCAGGUAAUAAAACUGUAAAAAUCCUGGAAUAUAAGCUAAGAAAUACCAAUGUGGACAUAGGGCCAUAGGGCCUGGCAAAGAUUUCAUGAAGAAGACACUAAAAACAAUUGUAACAAAAACAAAAAUUGACAAAUGGGACCUCAUUAAACUAAAGAGCUUCUGCACAGAAAAAGAAGCUAGCAACACAGUAAACAGACAGCCUGUAGAAUGGGGAAGCUAUUUGCAAACUCUGCAUCUGACAAAGGUCCAAUAUCCAGAAUCUACAAAGUACUUAAACAAUUUGACAAGCAAGAAGAAAAACCCCAAUUAAAAAAUGUGCAAAGACAUGAACAAACACCUUUCAAAAGAAGACAUACAAGUGGCCAACAAACAUGAAAAAAUGCUCAAUAUCACCAAUCAUCAGAUAAGUGCAAAUCAAAACUGCAAUGAGUUACCAUCUCUUACGGUCACAAAGUCGGAGAUGGUGGUGAGGCUGCAGAGGAAAAGAAACAGACACUGUUGGUGGGAAAGCAAACUUGUCAGCCGCUAUGGAAAGCAGUUUGGAGAUCUCUCCAGGAACUUAAAAUAGAACUACCAUUCAAUCCCGCAAUCCCACUACUCGGGAUAUAUCCACAAGAAAGAAUUCAUUUUAUCAAAAAGACACCUGCACCAAUAUGUUCAUUACAGUGCUAUUCUCACCAGCAAGGACAGAGAAUCAAUCUCAGUGCCCAACAACAGUGAAUUGAAUGAAAAAAAUGUGGUACAUAGACACCAUGGAAAACUAUGCAGCCAUGAAACACAAGAAAAUCAUGUCCUUUUCAGCAACAUGGAUGGAACUAGAGGCUAUUAUCCUAAGCAACCUAAUGCAAGAAGAGAAAACCACAUACUGAAUGUUCCCAUUGGAAAGUGGCAGCUACACAUUGAAUUCACAUGAACCACGGGCACUGGAGAUCACUAGACAGGUGAGACAGGAGAGGCACCUGGGCUGAAAAACCACCUGUUGGGUACCAUGCUUACUGUUUGAGUGAUGAGAUCAUUGUGACACGAAGCCUCAGCCUCCCAAAAUCUACCCAUGUAACAAACCUGUAUGUGUACCCUUUAAUCUAUAAUAAAGGUUAAAAUUAAAGAUGCAUAAGUAAAAUAAAAUGACAUAGAGCCCUCCAAAAAAUGGAGUUAACUGAGUAGAAUGACAGAACUUUGCACUAUGAACGUUAACCCAGAUCAAAAACUAAACUCUAGUCAUUUAAAAUAAUCGUAAGUUGUAUAUUAUGAUAAUUGUAUAGAAAUUAUACAUGAAAGUG